GGUCUCUCCGCUUUAACAGCUGGGAGGCUGGAGCUCCAGUGGAGAAGCAACACGGUGGACCGUACGGUGCGAACAGAUGAACUAUGUUCUGACAAUGAAUGCAAGAAAACAGAAAACGCAACACAAAAAACGUAACACGCUGUAAAUGAAACACGAGACAACCAAAUAGAAGCUGAAAUCAAUGGUACAGAAAGGUAUGUCCAGGACGCCUUCCACCUCCACACAGGAAAUCCAGAUGGACAUGUUCGACCACCACGGAUCUCACUCGCAGGGGAAGUAUGCUAAAAGGAAGAGUCGCUUUAAGCGUUCUGAUGGCAGCACCUCUUCGGACACAACUUCAAACAGCUUUGUCCGGCAGGGCUCAGCGGAUUCCUAUACCAGUCGCCCCUCAGACUCUGACGUGUCUCUAGAGGAAGAUCCCGAGGCCCUGAGGAAAGAGGCUGAUAGGCAGGCGCUGGCCACCCUAGAGAAAGCAAAGACUAAACCAGUUGCGUUUGCUGUGAGGACUAAUGUUGGUUACAAUGCAGGCCCAAACGAUGAUGUUCCAGUGCAGGGCAUGGCCAUUUCAUUUGAAGCCAAAGAUUUCCUGCACAUCAAAGAGAAAUAUAAUAAUGAUUGGUGGAUAGGGCGCCUGGUGAAGGAGGGCUGUGAAGUGGGUUUCAUCCCCAGUCCAGUAAAGCUGGAGAGUACUCGUCAGCUGCAAGAGCAGAGGAGUAGACAGAACCGCCUCAGCUCCAGUAAGUCUGGUGGGAGCUCCAGUCUGGAUGUUGCCUCAGGAACCCGCAGGCCUACCCCACCUGGAACAGGUGGCCCAGCCAAACAGAAACAGAAGUCGAUGGAGCAUGUUCCUCCCUAUGACGUGGUGCCUUCUAUGAGACCCAUCAUCCUGGUGGGACCGUCACUCAAAGGCUAUGAGGUGACUGACAUGAUGCAGAAAGCUCUCUUUGACUUCUUGAAACACAAGUUUGAGGGCAGAAUAUCCAUCACCAGGGUAACAGCAGACAUCUCACUUGCCAAACGUUCCGUCCUGAACAACCCCAGCAAACACACCAUCAUCGAGCGCUCCAGUACCAGGUCCAGUUUGGACGUACUGGCUGAGGUGCAGAGUGAGAUAGAGAGAAUUUUCGAGUUGGCUCGGACUCUGCAGUUGGUCGCUCUGGAUGCCGACACCAUUAACCACCCAUCUCAACUUGCCAAAACAUCACUGGCUCCUAUAAUAGUUUACAUUAAGAUUGCCUCGCCCAAGGUACUGCAAAGGCUGAUUAAGUCCAGAGGUAAAUCUCAAGCCAAACAUCUGAAUGUGCAAAUGGUGGCAGCAGACAAACUAGCACAGUGUCCCCCUGAGCUCUUUGAUAUCAUAUUAGAUGAAAAUCAGCUGGAGGAUGCGUGUGAGCACCUGGCUGACUAUUUGGAGGCGUACUGGAAGGCCACGCACCCUCCCAGCAGCAACCCCCCCAAUCCCCUGCUGAACCGUACCAUGGCCACAGCAGCACUGGCUGCCUCCCCCGAGCCUGUCUCCAACCUGCAGGGGCCAUUUCUGGUGCACAGUGAGCAGAAGAGGGAGGGGCCUGGUACAGAACGCGGCCUCCAGGACUACCAGACUGACCUGGGCGGCAAGCAGCCGCUGCGUUCCUCACGCAGCCAGUUGCACGCAGGGGGACGAGGCUUGUCACGGCAGGACACAUUCGAUUCGGAGACACAGGGCAGUCGUGACUCCGCCUACACCGACGACAUGGAGACAGAUCCAUACGAGGAACCGGACUCCUGUCGUGGCCGCUUAAACCCCGCCCACCAUGCCCCCCGACAAGCGUCCUGGGAGGAUGAAGGGGCUGAGCCUGAUCAGGAGAACCUCAACAUAGCGCCGCCGAUGACUAAUCAGCACCAACGUGGGCGAGGCAAGCUGAGGGAGCGUUACUGUCAAGACGCAGAGGUGGGCGAGAGCACGGUGGGCCGCAACCAAAACCAAGAGGAGUGGAGCAGAGACGUGUACAUCCGCUAGAACCGUGAACAAGGGAGGAGGACUGGAAAAACAAGGAGAGAACAUAAGGGGAUGCGGGAUGGUUUAAAGGAAUAGUUCAGUCGGAGAAAGCUAAUGUUGCUAACAAUGAAUUAAAAAAUCGUCAAAUUAAGAUUUAGUAGAAAAAAGGGUAACACUGCUUCUGUUUGCUUCUACUUACUGCUUAUUAUUCCUGGCAAUUGUCGUGACAGAUGCCAUAACUUUUAAUGUCAUGACAGCUUAUGUCACAUGCUAAAUUUUUGCUGUGUACUUUAGUUAGCAGUCAUGACCUUAUGGCACGAUAACAUGACUGUUAUAUUACUGCCCAUAAUCUGUCAUUUCAAUGCCAUGUUAAAGGCAUUAUGCCAAUGCUAUGAACUGUGGGUUCAAGUAAAGUGUUGCCAAAAGCUAAUGUUAGCUAAUGUUGCUAACAACAAAAUCUACCAGUAACCACUAAGUAUAAAAAGUUAACGUUAGCUUAAAAAGCUAACUAGCUAAUGUUAGCUAAUAUGCUAAAAGCUAAUGUUAGCUAUUUUAGCGUAUGUUCCAAAAUUAAAGAAACUCUGCCAACUAGCAUUAAGUAAAAUGCUAAUGCUAAUCAAGGUUGCUAAAAAUAAAUGAGCAUUAAGUAAAUGACAUUAGAUUAGAUUAGAUUAGAUUAGAUUAGAUUAGACAUACUACACAUGUUUACACAUAUAAAGUGCAAAAAGUGCACAAACAAGGCAAAGGGCUGAAGACAUUUUACCAGUUGGAGGCUACUAGCUUCCAGUCAUUGUUAGCCACUUUAGCAUGUUUGGUUAAACUGUUCCUUUAAGGCGCCGUAAGGGUUUAAUGUGGUAAGAAUGUCUAAAGCUGGAUUUGUUUACAACCCAGAGAAACCAUCACAGGAAAAACACUGUACAGUUCAUAGUUGCACCAAGCGCAUUAUACCAACCAGGCUUUCACUCAUCACAUAUUCACUUUAUUUUUGGGGAGGGGAGGGGGGCAAUGAUGCGCUUGUUUCAAUUUUUUUAUCUUUAUUUCUAUCUCACUUUGUGUAGUACUGCAUGAACCCUUACCAGUAAGAGGAUAGUUACUGUUCCCAAGGAGAAUUAAAUAAGACUCAUAUAACCACAAAUUUGUGUGUGAGUGUGUGUGAGUGUGUAUGGGUGCAUGAGUGUAUGUGUGUUUUUGUCCUCUGUAGUCUUAAUCAGGGUCUAUCUGAUACUAAAUAAGACUUUAUGCCCACUUUGGACUUCACUAGCCUCGAUGUCUACAGUCAGUGAGUUUAGUUCAAUUGACCUAUCUAGGCUCACAAAUGCCUUCUUUCAUAGUGACUGGAUUUUUCAUAUCAAAAAACCUAUUCAAGGCUAAUAAAUUUAGUUCUCCAGUUUAAAAUGCUGUGCUAACGAGCUAUGUUGCUGUAGCUAAUCGAAAGUAGCCAGGCUGGAAGUGACAACAGUUGUGCCACCAUUCUAAUGUUCGUUCAAUUACAUGAUAAAAUAAACUGCCACAGGUCUAUCUUUACAGUGUGACCUGUCACAGACAUACAAAAUAAAUAUCAUUUGACAUUAAUAACACAUUCUAAAUUCACAGAUUUUGACUAAAUCUGAGUGCAUUGCUACAAGAUCUCAUUAGCUUAAAUGAGAGUUUUGUUAGCACAACAGUUGAAAGAUUUUGUGAGUGUAGCCUGCGUAGGUUAAUUCUGCUAUUGAACUGAAUGAAGUGGAAACUACAUUAAUAUUAAAAUACAUUUUAUCCCUGAGAUAUUUCAUUUGAACUAGCAGAUACAUCGACAAAAUGAAAGUCAUUUUUGUAUUUGAAUGCUCAGUGGUGCAGUGGAUCCACCUGGAAAUAGAGGCCAAUGUUUUUCAUGUAUAUACUUUCUCUGUUUCUUUGGAUAUUAUUUAUUAGAUGCUAGAAACUAUAUCACAUCUUUGGCCUGUUCUAUCUCCAUUGCUGCUAAGUGUCUUUCCAGCCUGUACAGUGUGCUGUUCUAAAACUCACUUUUGUGGUAUGAACAGCUUCAGUAAGGUGGCUAACACACACGAAAGCCCACCAACAUUAACUUAUAUUAUGCUAACAGGUAUUAUUAUGCAAGAAAAAAAAGAAACGUUAAAACUGCUUUAUUAAAUGUGAUAUCAUUUCCCACAUGUUUGAAGGAGUGUAAUGUUACCAAACAUGAAUUGAAGAGUUCUAAACAAUGGUCUAAAGCACUUCCAUCAAAGGCUAACACAGGUGACUGACAUUGUCAAGUAGAAGUUUGUGCUAUUUUUAUGUGGCACUGUCCUGUCUCCUGUGUUCAUCUUCAUCUGCAGUUCAUGUGCCAGUCACCCAACUUAACUACUUACAAGUGCCGGAAUAUUUCGCGAAACUACGCCCACUGACCACUGUGGGUCGUCUUAACUCAUAUUGACGUUGUGUGGGUGUGUUAUGAAAGUGUCGCCUGUCUGUUUUGGCUGUAGAGACAUGUCUGUGCUACUCUACUGGUUACUUUAGUUGCAGUAAGGUGCUGAUUGUGUGACAAGGUCUACUGCCCGUUUCAAUACUGGCUUAAACAAGCCCUCGCUCACUUUACUUGGCCUUAAUUUUUGGGUAAUCUCAGAUGUUAUCUUAAGGCCUGUUGUCUUACUAUAUUAGCUCAAAUAAAGUGUGUUAGAUGAGCUCUCAGGGGGGCCAGGGAUUGAGUGAGCACAAGAAUUUGCCCAGAAAUCACUGCGACCUGACACAUUACCCUUUUCAAACACAAAAAAGGAGGUAGUCAUGGGCUGGAGGUUGGGGAACCAGCCCUGUAAAUUUUAUCCCCUGAGCUGAAGUGCCCUUAAGCAAGGCACCUAACCCCCAACUGCUCCCUGAGUGCUGUGGAUAGGGCUGCCCACUGCUCUGGGCAAAUGUGCUUACUGCCCCCUAGUGUGUGUGCAAUCACUAGUGUUUAUGUGGUGUUUACACAGAUGGGUUAAAUGUGGAGGUGAAAUUUCCCCUUAAGCUUAACUUAAUCUUAACUUAAAAAAGGCUUAAGCCCCUUUCACACUCACAUACUUUUAUCAGUAAUGUUCGGGCUUUGUGUUGUUUGUGUCACGUAGCCCGGUAUUUUACCAGGAUGCAUGCAUGCAUUCAUCUGAAUCAAUAAAUUUUGUCUCGUUAAAACUGUAAAAAUGCUAAUAUUCUGCUUUGCAGGCCAUGCUGUAUCACUUUUGUGUAGUAGCAACCAUGCACACAUGCAAGGUACUUUUUCACUUACAAAAAAGUCAACUGCAAAACAGGAAAAAAAGCAUCACAGAAACCCUCAGCUUUGCCGGACGAAAUGUUGACAACUUUGUCUUUCCUGAUAAAGUUUUGGCUUUUGUUCACAAAUGCAGCCUCCUUGUAAUUUCUCAAAUUCCAGGGUACACAAAGUUAUAUAAAAGCUGUAACUAAAAGCUGUAAUUAACUUUAAAACUCUUAACAUUUGACUUUUAGGUAGCAAACUACUCAUUCUAAUAUACAGGAGCCUACUGGCUCACAGAGGCUAACCUGCCAGGGGCAGGUAUGCCCUGUUUUUUCUCUUCGCUGUCCACUCCUCCCCAAAUUCUGAGAGUGGCCACUUGUGUAACAUAGGUGUGACACGCAUCCAAGUGGUGAGGGCAAUUUUCGAGGGCAUGUUAUAAAAAAGUACUGAAAUGGGACCUAGAUAACAACAGUCUGAAAACAACUCAUAUACACACACACACACACAGUAAAUCUACUGCCUUUUCUCCUGUUACUGCCUUUUUGUGUCUCUAUCUUUGUGGUCAUUUUAUAAACCAGGAUUGUAUGUGUGUGUGUGUGUGUGUGUGUGUGUGUGUGUGUGUGUGUGUGUGUGUGUGUGUGUGUGUGUGUGUGUGUGCGUGUGUGUGUGCGUGUGUGUGUGUGUGUGUGUAAAGGGGCAUUUUAAAAGAAGCCUUUGGUGUGCAGACAGUUUGUGAAAGUCUUUGAUGGGCCUAUUUUUACUCGCCUAUGUUUCAAAAAGGACAUCAUGCUAAUGAUGAAAUUCAGUAAAUAAUCUGAUUAAAUAGCUUAAUAAAUAAUGUUAUUGUUGCGUUAUCGCAAUUGUUAAUAUAUUGGAGAAAAAAAAAACAAAAACAUGUAAUCUUUG